AUGUUCCGUCCUUCUCCUUUCAUUUUUCUUGCACCUCUUCUCCACCUCUCCCCACCCUCUCUCUCUUCCCCACCUCUCCCCACCCUCUCCCUCUUCUCCACCUCUCGCCACCCUCUCCCUCUUCUCCACCUCUCCCCACCCUCUCCCUCUUCUCCACCUCUCCCCACCCUCUCCCUCUUCUCCACCUCUCCCCACCCUCUCCCUCUUCUCCACCUCUCCCCACCCCACCCUCUCUCUCUUCCCCACCUCUCCCCACCCUCUCCCUCUUCUCCACCUCUCCCCACCCUCUCCCUCUUCUCCACCUCUCCCCACCCUCUCCCUCUCCCCCACCUCUCCCCACCCUCUCCCUCUUCCCCACCUCUCCCCACCCUCUCCCUCUCCCCCACCUCUCCCCACCCUCUCCCUCUUCCCCACCUCUCCCCACCCUCUCCCUCUCCCCCACCUCUCCCCACCCUCUCCCUCUUCCCCACCUCUCCCCACCCUCUCCCUCUCCCCCACCUCUCCCCACCCUCUCCCUCUUCCCCACCUCUCCCCGCCGUCUCUGCCUUGCCUGUUUCUCCUCUUUCCCAGCAUACCACUGCUCAUUACCGCAGUUCACCCCCAUACCACCUCUCUUACCACCUUCCUCAGAUACCACCUCCCUGUCUGUCUCUGUUGCUUGCCAUUGAGCAGGCCGUGGGCAUGGAAGAAGAUGUUGAUGAGCUGAUUCUCCUUAGGUACCACCACCUCCCUCAGAUAUCACCUCCCUCACAUACCACCUGCCGGCCUCUUUCUCAUCUCACUGAGCAGGGAGGACGUGGAAGAGGAAGCGGAGGAGCUGAUGCUCCGCCAAGCCAUCUGGCUCUCCCUGCAAUGCCGGAUGAUUUCGAGGAGCAGAUGAAUCUGGCAAUCGCCAUUUCUCUUAUGGAAGAAGAGCAGAGGGCAGCAGCAGACAGGGCCGGUGGUCGCAGCGCUAACAGUGCUGGCGGGGGUGGCAGUGGUAGUGGCGGUGGUGGUGGCAGUGGUGGUGGCAGUGAGGGUGAGAGUGGGGGUGACAGUGGGGGUGAGAGUGGGGAUGAGAGUGGGGAUGACAGUGGGGGUGAGAGUGGGGGAGAGAGUGGGAGUGAGAGUGGGGAUGAGAGUGUGGGUGAGAGUGGGGGUGAGAGUGUGGGUGAGAGUGUGGGUGAGAGUGGGGGUGAGAGUGGGGGUGACAGUGGGGGUGACAGUGGGGGUGAGGAUGCGAGCAGAGAGGAGCGCUGA